AUGAAAGAAGAAAAUUAUCAAAUCGUGCGUGCGGCACCCCGUAGAAGAGAUGAAGAGUACGCAGCAGCAGUUAAACAAGGGAAACCCUUCCGCAAAGAGAAGAGCAGUAAGUGUCUCGUGUAUUUUCUGGUCCUAAUCGUCUCUCUGGGUGCAAUUGUUUUAAUUUUGGCAUCAAUUUUCUUGCGUGCCAAGACUCCUGAAUUUGAAAUAAAAUCAGUCAUGGUAAACCGUCUAACUCAUGGCAACGCAUCCUCGCCUUCGUUUAAUGCAACGCUAGUCGCUGAGUUGACGAUGGAGAACAACAACUUUGGUUCUUUCAAAUUCCAGAAUGGCUCUGGGAGCCUGUGGUAUGGUAUAGUUACAGUUGGUGACAUGAAGAUCGGCGAGGGGCUGGUGAGAGCUCGGGAGACAAAGACGAUGAAGAUUAAUAUUCAAGUGGGAUCAAACGGGGUGUUGAAUAAUACAAAUUUGACAAGUGAUAUAAAUUCUGGGAUGUUGAAGCUAAGUAGCCAUGCGGAAUUGCAUGGCAGAGUGAACUUGUUUAAUUUUGUGAAGAAGAAGAAGAGCCCGGAGAUGAGUUGUUCCAUGACUUUAAAUUUAACAAGUCAUGCUGCACAGGAUUUAGUCUGUAACUAA